AUGAUAAGCAACGACGCUCCUUCAUACGCAACACAAUCUUCUAAUACAUCAAUGCAAUCAAAUAAAAGUGCAAAGUCUUCAUCGAAAUCAUCAAAAAAUGCAGUACAGUAUGGGCCAAUUCAUAUUCAUCUUUGUCGGAGACCAGCUCCGACAAUAGCAACUGGUCGUCGACCAAAACAUCUUGCUCUAGUUGGUGAAGAAGCUAUUAAACGUGAAAAACGUCGUGAAAGAAAUCGACAAGCAGCACGAAAAUUAAAAGAACGACGACAAUGCAUCGAAGAUGAACUUAAUCAACAACUUAAAGAACUUCAAGGUGAACAUGCAAAUUUACAGAAUUAUCUUCAACAACUUCAACAAAAAAAACAAGAUUUACAACGAGAAAUUAAUAAUUUUCUUCAUGAUCCUAUUGAUAAAUUAUUAUCGAAUGAUAAUCAAAAUGUUACUUUAUUUUUUGAACAAUAUUUAGAUGAUCCGCAUUUUAUUGAUGAGUCAAUAGAUAAUAUUUUAAAUUCUGCGUUAGACAUUAAUUUUAAUUCAUACCUAGAUAAUUAG